CAUUUGUUAAAAACCUCACUCAUCAGCAAUCAUGACCACCGUCCACAAGAUCGUCCAAAGCGAGAGUGCUCCUGCUGCUCUCGGCCCCUACUCUCAGGCCAUUGUUGCCAACGGCUUCGUCUUCUGCUCGGGCUCAAUCGGAAUUAACCCCCAGACGAGUGUUAUUCCUGAGGGUGUCGAGGCCCAGACUGAGCAAGUCCUUGCCAACAUGGAUGCAGUUCUUCAGGCCUCUCAGUCGUCGUUCGCCCAGAUCGUUAAGACGACCGUGUUCUUGAAGGACUUGAAGGACUUUGAUGCCGUUAACAAGAUCUACGCCAAGAACAUGGGUGGCGCUCUUCCUGCUCGCUCCUGCGUUGAGGUUGCUCGUCUCCCCAAGGACGUCCUUGUUGAGAUUGAGUGCAUUGCUACCGUUUCCGCUUAAGAAAGACCUCACGGAGAGAGCGUGUUUGGGAUUCGACUGUCUGCUAUAUAUUUGGACAUUGUAAGGACCAGUCCAGUGUCUUCGCAUAUGGGCAUAUAGAAAGCACUUCAGCGACUCUUACACAAUAAAAUAGCAUGUAUAUAAGGAAGAUCAGGCAUUUAAUGCAAUAGAGUGUGGCUGCUUUCCUGGACCUCAGUUACUAUGUCUAUGAUAUGGAUGCAGGAGACUACCAAAGCACCCUUGUGCCUGAGCGAUGCUGGAAUGGGGGUGCUGUGCUGUGCUGCACGAAGUUGG